GAGUCAGUGAGUUCAACGUACAGAGAGGCAGAAGGAGCCAUGGCAGAGACCAGCCUGGGUGGUGCUGGUGUCGUGAAGACGAUCCUACAAAGUGCAGCAGCAGGCUUCACUUUUGGAGAAGCUGCGUUAUUUGCAGUUGAGCCCGCACUGACUGAAGAUGGCGUCCAGCUCAAUGCUGCCACUCAGGCUGCUGGUCGAGCCGGCUCCACAGGCGUCGGGGUAGUGACGGCGUGCCUCGUGUUCACCUCUGUGCUCCUCUCUCUGGGAAGUGGUUUCCUCCUUGCUGCUAUGACGAUGAAGCUGUGGGUCAAAGUUGGAGCAAGGCUGCAGUGGGUAGUGGAGGCCGCAACGGGAGUCUCUGUGGUGGUGGGUGCCGUCACUACUGGAGUGUUAGCGGGCGUCCUUCCACCGUGGAUCUACAUCGCAGCUCAAGGCGUUCUGGUCCUUGUCGUCUACUCAUACUCCAAUAUUAACGACAUGACCACAGCUCUCUUAAUCAUCUUCACCACCCUCUACCUCAGCGUCCUGUAUGGAAGAAUGGGCGUGAUGAUUGGACUCUUCGUCGUGGGGUUGACCAUCUCUGUGCUUUGCGCCCUUCGUAAGGCUCUGACAGAGAGGAUGACACAAAGACCAAAAUCUAAAACCGGCUGCAAACUUUUAGAGAGGAUCUUCUUCUACUCUGUUUUUGUAGGUAUACUGGGAUUCUCAGUAGGUUUAGGUGCAGGUGAAGCAGGAGAAGGCUCCGAAGCAGAGGUGGUUUUGAUGCUGCAGUCGGUCCUCUGGGUGGCGUUCCUGUCCGCAGGGCUGCUCGGAGCUGGCCUGGGAACUGUGGCCACGGUCGGGCUGGGGCCAGGGGUGGCUGGAAAGGUUGCUGUGGGAGCUGCUGUAAUAUCAUCACUUGCCCUGAGAGCUAUUCUGCACUCGAACUCAUCUCUAGGGCCCCGGAGCAGCAUGGGGGGGACAUUAGGAGCAGCUACAGCUGCGGGGGUGUCACUCGGAGCUGCGAGUGUUGCAGCAAAACAGGCAUUCGGGUCCAGAAAUUCAGCUUUAGCCAUUUUAGGUUCAGUUGCUGUCGGUGCAGUUGUGGCAGUGAGAGCUGUAGCACUGAAAGCAACUCUGCCUUCAACAUCAGAACUCAUAACGAUCACCCUUGUUGCAGUGGGGGCAUUUGUUCUGGGUGCACCAAAGAGCCCAUUCCACACUCAGGUGAAUCUACAAAGGGGCCUCCUCACGGGGCCGGAGCUAAUUAAAGGCAUCGGCAUGGAGACGGUCACCGCAGCAGCAGCGCCGAUUGGCGCCGGUGCACUUGGGGCUGCAGCGCUCGGCACCGCAGCUCUGGGGAGACUGGGGACUGUGGGAGUUGUGGUGGCUAUAUUGUUGGCUUUGGGAAGUGCUCUUAGUGGCAUGAUAGUAAAAUCAGCGCCGACAACAAGCACACACACAGACUGAUCAAGCCAGAGUUUAGAUCCUUGUGUCAGAGUGUCUGAACACGAGGACAAACACAGAAGAAGAGUGCAAGUGUGUGUAUGUGUGUAUGAAUUAAGUUAUCGUCAGGGACACACAUCAGAGCCAAGACCAGUUAAGAUGGGACGGCUUUUCCAGCUGGGGGAAAAAGUUGUGUCCACAAUGCAGAACAAGCUGAUUGUUGGGUCAGUGGUCAGGGUAAGGUUUGGGGUUGGUCUCCAGGAAAUGAAUGUAAGCCUAUGUAAUUUCCCCAAAUGUGACCCAAAUUAAUUAUUUGCAUUAUGCAUUAUUGCAAGUGUACACUAGAGCUUCGAUGGAGCCCAACCCUACAUGAACCUGCAUAGUUUCUGUCCAAGCUUUACGGAAUACUGAACCACGGCAGCUAUUUUGGGCCCGAGCCCGAGUCGAAAACCAAAAUUUCCAAUUACAUUUUUUUUCUUAAAGCAUUUGUAAUGAGCUAAGGGCUGACAUGUUUGCCCACACCACUUCUCCGUCUUCCCUUCCCUCUGUUUCUUCAAGAGUCUGUCGCCCGCUCUGCUUCUCACGCACAACAGGUUGGGCAAAGCGGGUUGCACCCCUCAAUGUGUCUUCUUUUUCAAGUGCCCACGGAGGUCCACGGCUAUGUGGCGCUCAGGUGAUGAUCACUGCUCUCCGCUGCAUGUCAUGCACAUCUCUCCCACGGCCAACCGAGUCACCUUGCAGCCCCUCUCGCUGGCUUUCCUUUGUUUUCCCUCGAGUCCAGUGCAACUUUUUCCAUCUCACGAGAACUGCCAGUUUCAUCCAUCUCUUGUACAGAACACUAGAGUUUGUGUAUAAUGGGCUAUAGCCCCGUUUCCACCAAACACUUUCAGUAUGGUACCUUUGGAACCAACAGUAACCCUUCAGACAUGGUAGCUAGACCCUAGUGUUUCCACUGCAAACAGUACUCUUAAAUGAGGGCGGGGUUGUUGUCACUCACUGCUCCGUCCAGCACUCACUGUAUUUCCUUAUCAUUGGUGACACAGAUGGAAGUCUGCACCUCGUUUAUCGUCCACAGAACGAGGCUGCACGCCGACAUUUUCAGAACAAAGUCAAACAGGCUGCAGUGAGAGUCUCUCUCCAUGGGGUAGAGAGUGACCGUCCUCUAUUGACCAAUCAACAGACUGCAGUGUUCACAGCUCCACCUUUUAGUACCAGAUCUGUGUGCUAGGAACCCCAACAGAGGGGGACCAAAAAUGGGGACGGUACAGAACGAUUCCACUGGUACCAUCCACAACUUUUCACAGUGGAAACGGAAAAAAAGUGAACCCAACUCAGUUGCUCUUCCUGCGGGUCUCUACUUGUCCAAAGGACAGAGGGAUGUCGUCUGCUGUAAAGCCCUCUGAGGCAAGUUGGGAUUUGUGAUAUUGGGCUUUAUAGAUAAAAUUGAACUGAGCUGAACCAUACUGCUCGGUGGAAACAGGGCUUAUAUGAGCAAAUGACCCCCUUGUGCUAACAAUUUCAAUCUAAUUCUCAAGGUCAGCAUUUUCAUUAGUUAUAAUGAGUUCAAGCCAGCACAGUCCAUAUAUCCGCCAUGACAUUACACAGACUGUGAGCCCUGUGUUUUUUCUUUUCUUACAAGGGACGUUGGCACAAACCUGUCCUGAUUCAAGCCCGAGAAAUUACAGCUCGAACCUGGUGGGUUGGGUCAGGCAGAGAAUCGAAGCUCUAGUUGACACAUCUGAGCCUAUGAGAUGAUUUUUUUUUUUUUUUACACAAAAAGUACAUUUGCUUAUCGAUCAAACCUGACAAUUGUGUCACAAAUGUGUUGUUGUUGCUGCAAGUGUUGAAUAAAGACAAUGACAAGUAUUAUC